CUGUUGUUCUGCUGAAUCUUCUCCUAUCACUGUAAAGUGCAUAGUACACUCUGUUUUCAUUUUUAAUUGUUUCGUAAUUAUUUUCCAUCAAUACUUUGGACUUAAAACCGAUCUGAUUUGGCGGAAGUAAAUCUGAUGCACAUGAUGGCUGUGAAUAGGGACGAAGAAAGAGUUAAAUCUCUGUUUGAUCUAGAAGAUGAUGAAGAUAAGGCGGAUGGAGAAAACCUGAUAAAUCCAGAUGUUCCGACUCCUGGUACAACUUGUACCACAGCUACGACUGAUGAUAUUGAUGAAGAAUUUAGUGAUGCCGAAGAUGAUCAACUGAAAAAGGCUGUUGAAGAAUAUGAAGAGAAAACAUCCGAUGCUGGUAAGCGGCCUCUCACCUCUGCGGAGAAAGCAAGAGCAGAACGGAAUCGGUUGAAAGCACUUUCUCUCAAGAAAUCCCGUCUUCUUACCCAUCCUUACUCCGGAGCUGGUUCAAAACUUCACAGGUCCGAGCAGCCGAAGCUUGUGGAUAGUGGGGGUGGAUUCUUUAUAGAGGAGGAGGAGGAGGGGAAGGAAGAGAGAAUUAUCGUUGAAACACCAGGACCUAUUCUUCCUUAUGAUCAACCAACCUGCAGCAUGUGUGAAUCUAGAUUCAGUGAUUCAUUCCUACAUAGAACGUUUGAUUGUAUAGUGUGUGAUAACUGCAAGGAUACUGGUAAAGAUGGUGAACAUGAGCUAAUUGCUAAAACAGAAGCAAAAACUACUUUUAUUCUCAAAGAUUUUCACUUUGACGAGUGGGAAGGAAGUAAACCUUUAAGAUUUAUGACGAGAAAGAAUCCGCAUAAUCCCCGGGGCGGAGAGAUGAAACUGUAUCUCCGGCUCCAGGUAGAGGAGAGAGCUAUGCUGGUUUGGGGUUCAGAGGAAGCUCUGCUGGAGGAGCUGGAGAAGAGGGAUGAGAGGAAGGUUGAAACCAAGGUCAGGAAGUACAACAAGAAGAUGAAGCAGUUGAGGAUGAGUGUCCGGAGUAGUCUGUACAAGAAGGACUUGUCUACACACACACAUCAAUACAAGGACGAGGUUUAUCAUGAAGACAAGGACGAAUACUCGCAAACUUGCGAAAGCUGUGGUCAUAUUAACACGUAUGAGAAAAUGUAAUGUUCUUGUGCUAGCUCAAAAAAAUGAGUUUAAACCACUAAACCUAUGACAAGUAUGUUCUCAAAUCUCAGUACCUGGAUCCAGUUCAAUAGUAAUCCCAGAGUAAGGUUAAAUAGGUCUUAGCCCCUGACUUCUUUUAACCUGUGAUACUCUACUUAAAAAAAAUGUUUUUUUAAAAAUAAUUUUAUGCUUAUUUCAGAAAAA